CGGGUCCAUAAUCGUUACGAUAGACGGGAAGGGACGGUACCGGUCGUAUUCACCGCGCCCAAGGAACGAUAGUGGCGAAAAACCCUGUGAAAAUUGGAAAAUUCGGUGCGUAGAGUGUGCGAGUAAUGAUUCUCCAACUGUGAGACUUGUACAAACAAAUUCUACAUGCAUAUUAGGAGCGGACAAUCUAUUUUUCAUGUAUGUGAACCGAUGUGGUUGUGAUUUUCCGAGCACCAUUGGAUAGUUUUAUAGGUGAUUGGUUUAGGACGGCCGCGAAGCUUUGGAAAGAGGAAUAAAUUCGUUUUGCUUCAAACAGUAUGAACGAACUGGAAAAUCUUAGGCAAGAAGCUGAAACCCUCAAAAAUGCCAUUAGAGAUGCCAGAAAAGCGGCAUGCGACACGUCUUUGGUGCAAGCUACUGCCAGCCUCGAUCCGAUCGGACGAGUGCAAAUGCGAACCAGACGCACCCUUCGGGGCCACUUGGCCAAGAUAUACGCCAUGCAUUGGGGCUCCGAUUCGCGAAACCUUGUCUCAGCUUCACAGGAUGGUAAACUCAUCGUCUGGGACAGCCAUACAACAAAUAAGGUCCAUGCGAUCCCUUUGCGAUCAUCAUGGGUGAUGACUUGCGCUUACGCACCCUCCGGCAACUUCGUAGCCUGCGGCGGUUUAGAUAAUAUAUGCUCUAUUUAUAGCCUAAAAACUAGAGAAGGCAACGUGCGAGUCAGCAGAGAACUGCCCGGCCACACCGGCUACCUCUCGUGCUGCCGCUUCUUGGACGACAACCAGAUCGUCACCAGUUCCGGCGACAUGUCUUGCGCUUUAUGGGACAUCGAAACCGGCCAACAAGUCACCUCGUUCUUAGGACACACCGGAGACGUCAUGUCCCUUUCUCUGUCGCCUGACAUGCGCACAUUCGUCUCAGGAGCUUGCGACGCUUCGGCGAAGCUGUGGGACAUCCGAGAGGGCCUGUGCAAACAGACGUUCCCCGGUCACGAGUCGGACAUCAACGCGGUGACGUUCUUCCCCAACGGCUUCGCCUUCGCCACCGGCAGCGACGACGCCACCUGCAGGCUGUUCGACAUCAGGGCGGACCAAGAGCUGGCCAUGUACAGCCACGAUAACAUCAUUUGCGGCAUCACCAGCGUGGCGUUCAGCAAGUCCGGCAGAUUGCUGUUGGCCGGCUACGACGAUUUCAAUUGUAACGUUUGGGAUUCGAUGAAGACGGAGAGAGCAGGUAUUCUGGCCGGGCACGAUAACCGCGUUAGUUGUUUAGGAGUAACGGAUAACGGUAUGGCGGUGGGGACAGGGUCUUGGGAUAGUUUCCUGCGCAUUUGGAAUUAAGUCGGUGAUGCCAAAAAAAACGUCGACAUUCUCACCUGCAUCACUGCAUUUGCAUUUAUUCGAGCUGAUUUUUUUUUUAAUUUAAAUGUACCAUAUAAAAGAUAGUUCUAUUUUUUCAAUAUAUCUUGCUUUUUUUAUUACUAUGUAGCGUACUGUAAGUGUUUAGCUUUGUGAUCUAUUUUUUUUUGUUAGUCGAUAAGUUGUUAUUUUUUGUGACAUUUCCGAAAUUUAAGGCGCCCAGCCUCAUGUAUGUUGUGUAUAGUAUUUAUGAUUUAAUUAAGUUGAUAUAAGUCAGUAUUUUUCCUGAUCGGUGAUGUAGGUGAGAAGAACCCAGCGUACAGUUUUUAAUUUUGGUUAGUUCCAAGUACAAACAUAUGACCAAGCUAGUAAAAAAAAGUACCGUACAUUAUCCUGAACUGUUUUUGACCAGUUAAGCCUGUUCUCUCAAAUCACUCUCUUACAGUUGGGCUGACUGUGAAAAUAAAACAAAACAAAACAAAAAAAUUAAACAAAACUCCGUUUCGGCGAAGAACAAAGAAUCUGCUUCUUGAACAAAACAAGACUCGACAAAACUAGUCUUUUCAGAGAUUUGAUCCGAACGUUGAAAGUGUGCCAUAAUCUUAUCGAAGCGCCACAAUAAAAGACCAAUGGAAGUGUGGAUUGUGGCGUGGUUCCUUUGAUCGAACAACAGGCAGAUUAUGAAUCAAGUUAUUCGAGAUACUGCCUAAAAACAUAUAUUUUCGUUUUAAUUUGGAAAGAACAGUGUUCCAUUUUUUGCUAAACACUUUUUUUAUUUACCGAAACCAUUGCAGUUCUGUACAUAUGUGUUCCUCUAAUAACGUUUUCGUCUUGUUUUUUAGAAAAGUCUCUAAGGUUUUAUUACCAUCAUCCCCACACGACUAUAUAGCUUUCGCUUGAAUGUAAGUGGUAUGAACAUUUUUUAAGAUGCUAAAUUUCACUUCAUUUUCCGUUUGUUUUCGAUUGCACGAGCAUAAUGCGGUAUAUCUCCCGUGAUAUUUUCAACGUCUUUUUAUAAACUUUCAUACUAUAUCACGGGUCAUAUUGCCAUUAAACUUAAGUGUAUAAUUUUAAAUUAUUUAUUCGAGUGCGAGUGAAUGCGUGCGAACAAAAAAAAAAUAGCGGCGUGAAUGCGUCAGACUCGGAGUUUGAGGGGUUUUCGUCGAGAGGAGCCCCGCAAUCACAGACAUCUUAUUCUGUUGUCGACAAUUUAUCUAAUUCUAAGUUGAUCAAAAAAUGGAAGUACAACUAUCCGAUUAUAAGGGCUCAAAAUUGUUAGCAACAGCAUGAAAGGCACUGUGUCGCCCGCUUUCCAACCAAAAAAAACACUUUUUUAUAAUAUAUUUCUUAAGCAAAUUCCGAGAGCGCGCCGCACAGUGGUCUGUGAUUCGGCUCUUCUUUUUCUCUAUAUCAUUUUUGAAACCCUCUAACUCGGAAUUUCUUUAUUUUUAUUAAUGAAAUUCCCUAGUCGGAACGGCUCCGGGUCGAGAUCGAAUGUUUUUAUAUUAAUAAGGAAAUAUAAGAAAAAUAUUGUAAUUGAAAAAUCUGUUAAAUCAUUGCCUCUAUGAUUUAAAUUUUCAGGGCACAAUUUUAAGCGUUGAUGUAGCGUUUUUUAUUUACCUCAAGCUGUCUAGAUUUCUCUGCCGUUGCUGCGGUUUCUAUAAAAUACGAAAAAGCAGCAAUCGCCCAUAAAGGCACAAAUUUUAUUCUAAAUACUUAUUAAAAAAUAUGGCGUGUAUUUUUCAUUUGUCUGCAUUAUAUGGAUAUACAUCUAAAACUGGAAUUAUCUACUUGAUAGGUGAUUGUGCAGUUUUUUCAAAACGUAGUCUAGUAUUGUCAUUUUUUUAUUGUUAAUGAUUUACAUGCGUACAUGGUGUAUAUGAAUACUAUAGCAACAUAUAUGUUAUAUUGUAAUGUACCUAAUAAAAUAAUUUAAACAGA